AUGAUUGCAAAUGGAAAUUUAAAGUAUUCCAGGGAGACAGGAUACGGAAGACCUCAGAUGCAGCAGCCACAAAUGCAGCAACAACAACCUGGAUACUACCAGCAGCCAAUGUAUGUUCAACAGCAGCCCCAAAAGCGUAGUAGUGGAUGCUCAUGCUGUACAUGUCUAGCUGCUUUAUGUGCAUGCUACGUUGCAGAUGAAUGCUUGAGUUGCUGCUGUGAUGGUGAUGGCGGUCCAGGCGGUCCAGGCGGUCCAGGAGGACCAGGUGGCCCAGGUGGCCCAGGAUUUUAA